UCUAUUAACACUGUCCUCCCCAAUCCUCCAGAUUUGAAUCGAGUUCCACAUUUUUUUGUCUGCCCUUCUAACAGUAUGACCUCCAGCGAAAAGUCGUCCCCAAAGUAUCGUCCUGUGCCAAGUGUACAGGGAUCUGAGAGUAUGGUGGGAGAGAAGAAUCUCACGCGGCUUAUUGGUGCUGCCACUAUCCUUGCUUACUUCAACAUAGCCUACUGUGUGGCCCUUAUUGGCCCUACCCUACUUGACCUUCUUCAGUUGACUCAUGUUAGCUGGGACAGAAUGGGAGUACUGCUGAUGGGGCGGGCUGGCUGCACGGUACUGGGGAACAUUGUAGCCGGGCUGCUAGCCAACUGUAGCCUCUUCUCCCUUCUCCUAGUACAGGCCCUCUCUCACACAGUGGUCAUGGUGUCGCAGGUGUUCAUCCCUCUGUGCAGAAACCAAACGGAACUUCUACUAGUGUUCAUUAUACAGGGAGUAUUCCUGGGAGCCAAUAACAACCUUUCUAACCUGCUUACUUUAGUAGUUCAGGGACAGUCAGCUCAUGCUUGGAUGCAGGGUCUGUUCAUGGCGUACUCAGGUGCAGUCCUCUUAGCCCCGAUAGUAUCUACCCCCUUUGUAAGCGAAGCAGCAGCCAAACAACAAAGUUUCCUCUCUUGCAACAUCUCAGCCAACGUGACCAGCCACUCUGCAGCGGUCCUGUUAACAGAUGAAAUAGAUUUGAGGAUCCCUUACUGGACCAGUGUGGUUCCUUGUAGUAUGGCUGUGGUUCUGUUUGUGGUGUCCGCUGUGUGGACUAGGGUGUCUAGGUUCAAAACUCCCGACAUGCUCGAUAGAGGUCCUGGUCGGCAAAUAAAACCUGUUGUAAUCGUACUAUCAUUCUUCCUGGCCCUGCUCUACUUCACAUUGGAUGGAGUUACCGGCAGAUUCAUAUUUUCAUUCGCAGUAAAGUCCAAGUUGUGUUUGAGUGUCAAGACAGCUGGAUUGGUGACUACUCUCUAUGGUGGUGCUACCUGUCUUAUGAGGGGCCUGUGCACUGCCGCCGCUGCUAUCAGACCUUCUCUUGUUAAACCGACACGGUUACUGACAGCUAACCACGUGGCCUUAUCAAUAUCACUGGUUGCAAUUCUUAUCGGCAGAGAUUCUUUCAUUCCAGCUGUUUGGAUAUUCGCAUUCUUCUCAGGUAUAGGGGUCAGUAAUGGGUUCCCCUCCUUGAUGGCUCUAAUCAAAUCUCAAGGAGCUAGUAAAAAAGUUAUAUCAGUUUUGCCUAUUGGUGGAGGUAUAGGGAUCACUAUAGGUCCACUACUUACAACCUAUCUAAUGAAUGAUAACGUUGCUGGUCCAGGGCCAGGUUUCUACUCACUAUUCUGCGUAGUAACGCACCUAGCAACCCUUCUAUUCGGUGCCCUCAUGACCACAAUAGACAGUCACGUGGUACCACAAAGAGCGGAGCGCCAAAAGAACGUGAGCAUAUCGUACGGAAAGGACCAGGGAAUCAUUGUUAACGAUAAUAUCUCCGACAAGGACGCGGACUCGAGUUGUGAAGCCAGGGGCCAGAGACAAGAGGGGUUGUCAAAAUGAUACGAGACAAUCUCGUGAUGCAUAUAAUAUGAUAUAUUGACUGUCGCAGUCGGCUUGAUUGUUGACUGAUUAUUGUGACAGGACCGUGAUUUGGGAAAUCAAAGAAUCAGUGAUUGAAUGGAGCCUGUGUAUGAGGUUAUGGUUUUAUCUUUAAAGUUUGAUU